UGUUCUCCUCCCACUGAACGGCAGAACUCUCUCUGUACUAGACUGGCAUCAGGUGUGUGAAUAUGUGUUGUGUUUUGUGCGGUGGAGCUGUUUCAAAAGGGUAACCGUGGACAGAAUUAGCAAUUGCGAAAGCCAUCUUGGAUUCGAAGAUGAAGCCGUUACUCCAAACUGUGGUCACGCUCCUGCUGCUGCUCUUGGAGGUCAGGGAGAUGACCCCAAGUCCGGUGGAGGAUGACCUGGGCUACGAAGGGGUCAAGGCGCGCUUCGUCAGGACAAGAGAGGACGAGGACGAAGGAGGCAAUCGGGAGAGGAGGUCGCUCUAUGAACAGCUGAUGGAACUUCGACUUCCUCUCAAAGAUUUGGCAUGGCAUAAGAUACAACAUGAAAAAAACGAAAGAAGUACAAAGAAUCCUUUUAAUAUAAAUAAAAGGAUUCCAAUGACAAAGACAAGAGAGAGCCUGGAAGUCGCCCGCUCCCAGCUCCUCGAGAGGGUAAAACUCGAGGAAGACCUCCAGAAGCGAAACCUCAGCCUCGCCAAGGGAAGCCCCGGGGAGGUCUUCCAGUCUUCCUUCAAGAGAUCCCACCCGUUCGUGAUCCAGACGGAGGCCCAGGGUUCUCUGUUCGUGCUGGCGACGAAGGAACUGAAGAAGAGACUCAACCUCAGCAACGAAUUCGUGACCUUCGAUCUCCCUUUACAAGAAUCCCUCUCCAUACCCGACGAAUUCUGCAACAAAACCAAGACCAGGGAGGUGCCUGCCGACUGCGAGCCGUACAGGCGGUACAGGUCCAUCGACGGAACCUGCAAUAACCUCAAUAACCCUCUCUGGGGGGCUACAAUGACGCCCCUCCUGCGGUACCUCCCUCCUUUCUACGACGACGGCGUGUCGGAGUUCCGCAGGGCGAGGGACGGGGAGGCCCUGCCCAGUCCUCGCAUCAUAACCACGGAGAUGUGCCUCGGCAGGAACGUCGAGUCGGUCUCGAUGUCACUGCUCCACAUGACCCUCGGGCAGUUCCUCGACCAUGACCUCGAUUUCUCGCCUGUGGUUAAAGGCGAGGGCGGCAAGGCCCUGCCAUGCUGUCCCGACGUUUUGGGCGACGAUCCCUCGCUAAUGCACCCGGAAUGCGCCCCUAUCGCCAUCCCCAAGAACGACCCCUUCUACAAAGCCUUCAACCAGACCUGCAUGGAGUUCGCGCGCUCCGUGGCUGACUCGGGCUGUGAGCUGGGACCUCGGAUGCAAAUCAACGAAAAAACCUCUUAUCUGGACGCCUCCGUUAUCUACGGGACCGAAAAAGCGCAGAGUGAUUCUCUGAGGACGUUUGAAGGCGGGAUGCUGGACUACCAGCUAAACAAGGGCGAGGAGCUGCUGCCGGCCAACCCCAGCAUGGCCGAGGAGUGCAACAAGGAGGGUAUGGCGAGCGAGGGCCACUUCUGCUUCAAGUCGGGAGACAUGCGAGUGAACGUCCAGCCCCUCCUGACGGCGCAGCACAUCCUCUGGUCGCGCCGCCACAACCACAUCGCCAAGGACCUCGCGGAACUCAACCCCAACUGGGACGACGAGACGAUCUUUCAGGAAACGAGGAGGAUUGUGGUCGCCGAAUUCCAGCAUGUUAUCUACGCGGAGUAUGUCGCCAGCGUCCUCGGCCCCACCUACAUGAAGCACUUCGACCUCCGUCCACUCAAGGGAGACAAACGAACGAAGACUUACCACGAGGGCGUCAACGCAGCCAUCAGCGCCCCUUUCUCAGGAGCCGCCUUUCGAUUCGGACACAGCCAGAUUCCUGGCAAUCUGCAAGAGAUGGACAUCAACGGGGACGCAGCAUCCCACUCCAUGUCAUCGGCUUUCAUGAACCCCUUCGCGCUGUACAACAAAGGGGCCCUCACGAACCUUUUGCGAGGGGAGUUGGCCCAGAGUGCGACGCAGGUUGACUGCUUCUUCUCGCCACAGGUUGCAGGUCUCCUCUUCCGUGGAGAAAUGCCCUUCGGUCUAGACCUGGUGGCCCUGAACGUGCAAAGGGGGCGAGACCACGGGCUGCCCCCUUACACGGCCAUGAGAACACUCUGCAAGCUCCCCAUCGUCACAAGUUUCUCCGAACUGCUCCCUGACAUAGAGAGUCGGGUGGCGGAGAGUCUUCAGAGACUGUACAGCCACGUAGACGACAUCGACCUGUUCAUCGGCGGGCUAGCGGAGAAGCCUGUGCCCGGAGGCCUUGUCGGACCGACCUUCGCCUGCAUCCUCGCCGACCAGUUCCUCAGGCUCAAGCUCGGGGACAGGUACUGGUACGAGACGAAUGACCCCGACACGCGGUUCGAGACAGCCCAGCUGAUGGAAAUCCGAAAUUCCUCAUUGGGUAGGAUCUUAUGCGACGUCAAUCCUGAGCUGAAGGAGGUGCAGAUGAACCCCUUGAGGAAGAUGUCGGAGAUGAACCCAAUGGUACCUUGCUCCUCCUUCAAGAAAGUCAGUUUUCACCCUUGGAAGGAACUGUAGGGAGGGCCCUCACAUCAUCACGCUAAUACAUAUGGAAAUUCGGACUAGGACGCGUGAGAAGAGAAGCUUAUAUAUAGGAGAAUAUGGCAUUCUAUAUAUAUGAGAAUGUGAUACUUUAUAUAUAUGAGAAUAUGACAUUUUAUAUAUAUGAGAAUAUGGUAUCUUAUAUAUAUGAGAAUAUGAUAUCUU